CAGAUGUUGUCCACAGCUCAGCAGAUGCUGCAGGACAGCCGCUCCAAGAUCGAGCUGAUCCGGCUGCAGAUUAUCAGAGUCACCCAGGCUGGCAACAGCAGCGGCAGCAGCAGCAGCAGAGGUGGAGGAGAUGGAGGAGGUGGAGGUGAUGAUGGUAGCAACCACGACAGCUCCACUAACAGAGGAGUGUCUCCGGUCGCGGUCGCUCCUGUGGACGCUCGUCUGGCAGAGCUGCAGCACCACAUGCAGAGGGAGACAGAUGCUCGGGUGCUGGCCAAAGAUGUGGUGAAGCAGCUGGAAGGGAUCUCCUCACUGGACCAGAAGGCGGUGACCGAGGCCCAGUCCCGGGUGCACGAGUCCUCCCAGAAGCUGGACCUUCUGAGACGGUCCCUGGAGAAAUGUCUGGAGGAGAAGAGCCAGGAGCCGGAGCUGGAGCCACAGCAGCCUGCAGGGGACGUCCACCCCUCACAGGGACCCCCGUCCUCCCAGUACCAGAGACCUGGAUGUCCCCUGUCCACGUCCCCUUCCGUCUUCUCCAUCAGACCUGCCUCCUUAACCGGUAAACUUGAAGUCAAGCUUCUCGGGUGUGAGGAUUUACUGAAACCUCGGACGAACAUGGAGCAGGAAAAGUCUGGAGACGGUUCAUCAGCUGCUCACAGGACGGAGGGACAUCCCGCAGAGAUCAGUGCAGUGCUCAGGCUGGACGGCAGGGUGGUCGGCCGGACGCGGUGGGCCACCGUCAGCAGACUCUGCUGGGAUCAAACGUUCUUCAUCCAACUGGAGCGGUCUCGAGAGCUGGAGGUCAGUGUCCUCUGGCGGGACCGGGGGGCCAUGUGUGCAGUCAAGUUCCUGCGACUGGAGGAGAUGAUGGAAAACCAGAACCACAACCAGGGCCUGAGUCUGGAGCCACAGGGCCUCCUCUACGCCAAGCUUCGGUUCGUUGACGCCGUCGUGGAGCCGAGGCUGAGACGCCAGCGCUGCAUCUUCACUAAAGAAAGAGGGAAGAACUUCCUCAGAGCCGCUCAGAUGAACAUGAACUUUGCCACGUGGGGUCACCUGAUGAUGAGCAUCCUCCCCCACUACAGCUCCUUCACCACAUUCAGCUCGUCUCCCUGCUCGACCCCCGACCCGACGGCCAACAGCACCGAUGACAAGGAGCCUCCGAUCACCGCUCCACUGCCGGGUGAAGCUCCUGUGAUCAGACUCAGCGUCACUGAGGAUCCUCCUCCGCCCUCCAGCCCGGAGCCGAGAGUCGAGUCUCCCACCGUCACCCCCACAGAACACAACCACACCUCAUCUGUGGCUCCACUGCAGGAAGAACUGUCGUCCAUAAACAACAGAGAGGAAAGUGAAGACCAGCCUGUGUCUGAUCUCAAGAUGCACAGGGAGGAUUUCAGAUAUAUCUCGGUUCUGGGCAGAGGACACUUUGGGAAGGUUCUGCUGGCAGAGUUCAAGAAGACGGAGAAACUUUACGCCAUCAAAGCCUUGAAGAAGAAAGAGAUUGUGACUCGAGAUGAAGUCGACAGCCUCAUGAGUGAGAAGAGGAUCUUUGAGAUGAUCAACGCGUCCCGACAUCCGUUCCUGGUCAACCUCCACGGCUGCUUCCAGACCAGCGACCACGUCUGCUUUGUCAUGGAGUAUCUACCCGGCGGCGACCUCAUGAUCCACAUCCACAACAACGUCUUCACCGAGGCCCAGACCAGGUUUUAUUCAGCGUGUGUUCUUUUGGGUUUAGAGUUCCUGCAUCUGAAUAAAAUCAUCUAUCGAGAUCUGAAGCUGGACAACCUGCUGAUGGACGCUGACGGAUUUGUGAAAAUCACAGACUUCGGACUCUGUAAAGAAGGGAUGGGUCACGGAGAUCGGACCUCGACUUUCUGCGGGACCCCGGAGUUUCUGGCCCCCGAGGUCCUGACCGACGACAACUACACCCGGGCGGUGGACUGGUGGGGGAUGGGCGUCCUGAUCUACGAGAUGCUCGUGGGCGAGUCCCCGUUCCCUGGUGAGGAUGAGGAGGAGGUGUUCGACAGCAUCGUCAACGAUGACGUCCAGUAUCCCUCCUCUCUUCCUCCCGACGCAGUCUCCAUCGUCCAGAAGCUUCUGAAGAGAAAUCCUCUGAAAAGACUCGGAGCUGGAGAGAGAGACGCCAGCGAGCUGAAGGGAGAGAAGUUCUUUGAGACCAUCGACUGGGAGGCUCUACUGGCCAAGACGGCCAAACCACCGUUCCUGCCGUCGAUCACAGAAUCCAUGGACGUCAGCAACUUCGACAGCGAGUUCACUCGACUGCAGCCGAUCCUGUCGCCUCCCUGCAAACCCUCCGGCCUCUCCGCCGAGCAGCAGGAGGCCUUCGCUGGCUUCGACUUCUGCGCUCUGCACGGAUGAAAGAAGAGGAGACAGGAGGGGGAGGGGGGGGCUGAGACGCUUGUCCACAUUGGCAGGUAACCAGCCAUCGUCUCUGAGGGACAGAUCGUCCCCUAACGGCCUGAACACAUAGUGACUCAACACUUCCACAGAAACAUUAAACAAGGAGUUCAGAUGGGAGCAAACAGUCGGACCUUUUUCAUCGUUUGCUCUACUGGUCCAUUCGAUGAGUCACUUGACAUCAAAUCAAUCCAGGACAAUUUUCCUAAUGGAUCUCAGAUGAAACUUUUUUUCAUUACACCACAGACGGGAGCCUUUCCUUCAUUUUCAACUGGUUCUUCUGGUAAAUAGACAUUUUGCUCAGCAGCUAUUUUGACCUGAAAUCAAAGGUAAACCCCAGAGUCAUGGUUCUGUACCUGAACACAACACAGGCUUUAUUAGUGGGUUUCGUUAAGCGUGUGUUUACCUUGUAUUACAAAUCAAAAUGGCUGCCGUCCGGCCUCGGGUAACACGUACCAGUCGUUAGUUUUUAACCAUCAACAAACCUUCAGUUCCCUCAGAGACCAGGGAAGUACAGAGUGUACGAUAAACUGAAUGUGAUGAACCUUCACCUCAUCCUUCACCUGACUGCCACUCACAGAAGGUUUCCCUCUCCGGUCUCAAGACGUCUCCAUGGCUGACUCCGCCGACUGUUGUCACUUUCAUCCCGUCGACACCGAGUCGUCCAAUCAGGCAGCUUCUCCUUCUUCCUGUUUCUUUGUGAACACAGAGAGUGAUUGUGGAUCUUUAUAUUCUCUUUACAUGUGUUCCAGCGCUCGACUGCUCCUGAAGUCGAAGCUCAUUGAUGAGACGAGUUCAGGUGAAACGGACAAACAGAGGAGAGUGAUCGCACAGAGGCCGGUGCAGGAGAUUAAAACAGUUUCUCCUCUUUCAUUCAACAUCUUUUAUUCCUUUUUGGAGUUUAAUUUCAAUACUGGAAUUUUAGAUAUCAUGUUGCUUUGUGAGGCCACCAUGACCUUUGACCUUUGACUGCCCAGAUCUAAUCUGUGAGCAAACACAUCCACCCAGGAUUCCCUGGGGAUGUUCCAGAGAUAUAGAUAUAUAGAACAGUGAUUUGUGAGGUCACUGUGACCUUGCCCUUUGACCUUCAACCCCCAAAUUCUUAUCAGUUCAUCCUUCAGUCGAACUUGAAGUGACCCUGAGAUGUCGUGUUCACAACAAUGAGACGGACGAACAGACAACCCAAGGACAUAAUGGCUCCGGCCUCUAGGUUUGAUUACUUGACUUCAUCUUAUUUUCAUGUUGUAGAUUCAGCUUGUAAGAUCAAAUCUGCCGUACAAGCUGUGAAACAACUGCUUCUCUGCACUAAACAGAAAACAGAUCAACUCCCUUUAUUUGAUUCCGUUACAGAACACAUGAUGAGAAACCUUCCCAGUCCUCUGACCGUGAACCUCUGGGAGCUCCCAGUGAGCUGGAGACUCCGCUGCUCUGUGGCCUUUGCUCAUCACGUUGAUUUGAAUCUUUCAGAGGUUAAGUUGCCGUUUCUAUGCAUCACUGUGACAGGCUUCGCCCACUGCCUUGACCCAAACAGACAAAACGAGCAAACACACUUUUAAAAUAUACCUUCUUAAAAAAAAACUGAAAGGUGAAAUCCCACGUGGGGAAGUUUCACGUGUUUGUCGAGUUGUUCCGUCGUAGCAAAGACGUUCUGUUCACAUAUCAGGCUCCUCCUCUAGAGGCGCUGCUUUCUGUUCCCACAGCAGAGGUGCAUGGCACUGUGCUGAACGGGGGUGCACUAGGAAUCCUGUAAUCACUAGCGGUGUAAAAGAAGCCAUAGAGAAUCUAACAUAGCCAUAAUAGUGAGAGAUAUCUGUAUUUUCAACCUAGCAAAUCAUAUUCUGUGAUACAGAGCUGUAGUGAUGUCGGUGCAAUAAAAGAGGAGGAGGAGGAGGAGGAGGAGGAGGAGGAGGAAGAUGAGCCCUCUUAUUAUGUAGAAGGGAAAUAGAUCUUUCAGUUUCCAGUUGGUUGUUGAAGGAAGGUUUGAGGAUUUUAAGGAAACCGCUGCUUCAUUCACAAAAAGAGUAACUUAUAACUUAAUAUACCAUUUUUUUUUAAUUGGUAAAUUCACUGCAGUAUCUUGUACUAAUUAUAGAAAUAUAUAUAUAUAUAUCAUAAAAUAUAUUUCAUAAAAUACUUUAUUUUACUGAUAGAUAACGGUUAGUUUUAAUGUAAUCAGUGUUUUAGCUGCUGGUUGUAACUUCUGUGUUUCAAACUGAUGAUGAACAAACUACACACUCGGCUCUUUAGUACAUGAAAACAACUCUUGAACUACUUUCCUCAGAACGGAGCUUGAGAAUAAAGAGACUCAACGUGAAAC